AAAGUAGGGGCUUUCCGAGAAAUCACCCCGUUGAGGCGAACAGGAACACAGCAGCACCAUCAAAAGAACCGGCUGACGGGAGUGCAGACCAAUUAGCCUAAAGGAGGCAGAAGACAGAGCUCGGAGGAGUAAGGACGGUGCAUCGCUGGGUCUGACAAUAAAGACGGGGUCGGUAAAGCGCGCGGGUGGGGUGAACUUGGGAGCACCAUCACUGCUGCACUGCACCGUUAUAUGAGAGCAAACCGCUGACCUUCAACCAAUAUCUUCUUAAGGACAACAGCCAAGAUGUCCCACAUCAUGAAGGAGCCAAUAUGUCUGAUCAGCAGCGAUCAUGAGGGACAACUACGUGUUCAAGAAGAAGCUAAAGCAAUUCUGGAUGAGAUAACUCAGCCAGUGGUGGUGGUGUCUGUGGUGGGGCUUUACCGCACAGGGAAGUCUUACCUUAUGAACCGCCUGGCAGGGCAGCAAAAAGGUUUUGCCCUAGGCAGCACCAUUGAGUCGAAGACUAAAGGUAUCUGGAUGUGGUGUGUGCCACACCCUACUAAAGCAGAACAUACUUUGGUGCUGUUGGACACUGAGGGACUGGGGGAUGUGGACAAGGGUGAUGAAAAGCAUGACACCUGGAUCUUCUGUCUGGCGGUUCUGCUCAGUAGUACUCUGGUCUACAACAGCUUAGGGAUAAUCGACAACAAUGCACUUGAGAAGCUGCACUAUGUGACAGAACUGACCGAGAAUAUUCGGGUGAAGGCACAGAGGGGCGCUGACGAUGAUGACUCAGCAGAGUUCAUGCGCGUGUUCCCGUCAUUUAUCUGGGCAGUGCGAGACUUCACACUGGAGCUGAAAAAAGAAGACCAGCCCAUCACAGCUAAUCAAUACCUGGAGAGUGCUUUGGUGCUCAAACAUGGUAACUCUGCUAAAAUUGAGCAGUUCAACCUGCCCAGGCGUUGUUUGCGGAACUUUUUCGCAGAGCGGCAGUGUUUUGUGUUUCCACGGCCAGCCGGAGAUGAUGACCUGAGGAGGAUGGAGGAGCUGACGGAGGUGGAGCUUGACCCACGGUUUCUGCAGCGGGCUAAAGAGUUCUGUAACUACGUGUUCAGCAAUGCCAAACCCAAAACCGUAACAGGAGGACGUACACUUACCGGCACCGUUCUGGGCAAUCUGACAGAAGUAUAUGUGGAGGCCAUCCGUAGUGGUCGGAUUCCAUGUCUGGAGAACGCAGUGGAGACUCUGGCCCAGAUCCAGAAUGGGCGAGCAGUGGAACAGGGCCUGCAGGUCUACCGGAGUGAGGUAUUCGAGUAUCUGUGCUUUCCACUGGACCCGGCUGAGCUUUCCGACAUCCACGCUCAAGCAGAGAAGAAGGCAGUUGAGGUCUUCAUCAGCACUUCCUUUAAUGACACUGAGCAAAAAUCACAGCUGGAACUCAUGAGGCAGAUCCAGACUGAGUAUGAGGAGCUGUGUAGUCAGAAUCAAGACGAGUGUAUGCGUGUGUGUCACUCAGCGCUGGAGUGUGUGUUUGCUCCUCUGGAGGAAUCUCUGAAUGAUGGCUCCUUCAUGAAGCCUGGAGGAUAUCAAGACUAUCGAGACACACUCAAGCGCCUCACAAAGGAGUACAGACAACGCACACUCACACAGCUAAUGAGUGAGGAAGUGUUGAGUCAGUAUCUAAAGGAAAAGGAAAAGUUUGCGAAGAGUAUUCUGGCAGCGGAUCAUUGCCUUUCUAAAGCAGAGCAAGAGAUGGAGGUGGAGCAAUUAAAAAGAGAGGCUCUAGAACAGAAGCAGAAGGCUCUAGAAGAGCAGAAUCGGCUGCAAGAGCAAGUGUUCCGUGACCAGCAGAAAACCUAUGAGCAACAUAUGCACCACCUGCUGGAACGCAUGGAGAAAGAGCACGAGAGAGUGAGAGAGGAUAAUAAACAAGUGCUGGAAGCCAAACUCAAAGAGCAGGAGGCUCUGUUACAACAUGGUUUUCAGGAAAAAGCUGCUCUGAUGCAAAAGGAGAUUGAGAGCCUAAAGCAUGAGAUGAAGAAAGAGGGCGAGUCAGAGCGCUCUACAUUCAGUAAGGUGGUGGACACCGUUGGCACGGCAGCAGCACUCUUUCUGCCUGGCAUUGUCCCCAAAGCUAUUGGACUUGGCGCCUCCUUUCUAUCAAAGUGGUUCAGAUGAUCCAACUGUUCGCAGCUUUAAAUUGUGAGGAACGUCAUUACAUUUUUUUCCCCAAGUGUACAUCAGCAGUAGCAUACAAUAAAGGUAACACUGAACUAUACCAAUGCUAAUACUGAGCGACACUCUUAAAAUAUAAAGGUGCCUAAAGGUUUUUUAGGGUGCUUCGCACCUACCUUACACUCUUUGGAUACAGUCCAAAGAACUGAUCCAGCAGUUCACUAGUGGUGGGAAUUUUCAUGAUGGUGUGCACCAAACGAGGAAAUUCAGCAUGCUCUGUUAUUCUUCUAGCAGUACAUCAGUGCUGUACUGGCCACAUUACCUGUCUGUUUUGCCGUCUGAUUUGAUUGUGACAGAGAUAGACAUUAAAUAGUCUCUGGUUUCUAUUUCUCUACUUUUAUGGUGGCAAAUGUGAGAGUAACAGAGCACUUGUAUCCAUGCAAAACUUCUGACCAAUAAACAAACACCCACCUUUGUCAUUUUUUUUAAUUCAGUGCACUUUAACAGUUGCCAUCAAAGUUGCAUUCGAACCAAAUAAAAAAGAUACAGUGUCUCAAAACCCAAACUCUGGUGUGGACUUUAGCAAGCAAACUAGGUAUGAAAACAGCUGUAAAUUAGAUGUGUAAGAGUUUAAAAAUGCUUCUUUAUAGUCUUUUGUCUCAUGUACAAAAUGUUGGAAGGAUCCGUUUAUUGAAAGGGGAGAAAGGCAUUGCUUCAAAGAACGCUUUUGAUAUCUUUGCUUUUAAGAGUGUACUAGGAAGUAUAAAAUGACACAAAUAUCACAAGCUUAGUAAUAGUCCAUUACAGCAUACGACUGCAUACCUAUAUGAGAUGUUCAUACCUCUAUGCCAAUUCUUUCUUCAACCUUUCUCUGGUUAGGAACUAUAGGUGAAAAUAUUCCAUGCAAAAUGAAUGGUGCCAUUCUAGCUAACUCUGACAUGUUCAGCAUUAUUGUUACAUAAAACUGAUAAAACGUACUUUUCUAAAUGUGCUUCAGAACUGUUACUAGAACUGACAUGCAAACUGAGAAAGAUACAGCCUUGAAGAUAAGGCUGCAGAAGUUUUCGCUAAUGUAAAGCAGACAGUGGACAAUUGUAUCUUAUACAACCCCUAGUGUCCCUGUAAUUUUUUUUUUAAUGUUAUCAAGCAACAUUUAAUUAAAAUGUAUUUUCUUUUUUAAAGCAUAAAUAUUUGCUUGACAAAGGCUAUAAAAGAUCCUAAAAAUUGUUAGUAAUAACAGUCUGUAAUGUGUACUCCAACUGUGUGGUGAUAAUAAUGCUUUAUGUUUGCAAAUUCUUUCACACAAAUCUCAGAGGAUUCAUCUUACAUUUUGUGUUUUUACAGCAAUGGCUUCUAUAAUGAACUAACAGUUUCAUAGUUAUGGUAUUUGCCCUCUGUUGUUCUUUACUAUUAGCAGUGCUUUGUUAAAUGUUUACUGGCUUUGUUUUCACAACUGAAAUGUAUUAGUAUAUAAAUACAUAUAUCUAUAUGAAUAAAGUGCAUUAUUUGACAUCAAUCGACCUUA